CACUGUUGCGCUAUGUUAUAAACGGGUUCAUCGUUUUACAACUAGAGGUUCUACCUUUUUUCGUCUUUCAGCGUUUGCCAUUCGGUAGAGCUAUAUUUGGACCCUACAAAGCUGGAAGUGUACAUACCUCUCCUGUUUACGUAGAGGCCCUGGUAAUCCCUCCUUCUGAUUUGCUCAGCUUUCCUCCAGGACCUUGUUGAACGUGUUAACUUGUGUCGCCAUAAUCAUUAACGGAGGCAGCGGCGCCGGGUCGCUGCUGAGGGUAUUCCUUUCAGACUUCAUGUCCUGGGCGUGAUAAUACAAAAAUGGUUGGAGGGUGGCUCGCCAGAUUCUUUGUUCCGAACUUGUUCCAGCCACCUGCUGCCGAAGCGGAGCAGGAGGUGGAUGAGGAUACACGGAUGGGAGAGGCGCUGCAAGCGGAAGAGGAAGUAAGCGCGUUACGCACCCGUGUGGAAGAGCUUGCGCGUCAAAAUGAACUCCAGCGCCAACGAGAAGAGGAGCUCUGGCGGAGGGAACAACAACUGGAACAGCAACUGCUGAACUUACAGCAGCAACAACAAGCGACGGCAGCAACAGCAGCAGCGGCGGCAGCGGCAUCACCACAACGUCCAAAGUACCGAGCCCGGGCUGCCCCCGGGCCUGUUGCUGCUGCUGCUGCUGCCGGCCUCGGUAGCGGUGGUCGCGGUGGUGUUGGGGGGUCAGCAGCUGCAGCUGCAGGGGGGGCAGCAAGAGGCAAAGGAGGCCGUGUGGCUGCGGGGUCCAAGCGGACUCGUGAGGAGGCGGGCCUGGAUGGGGGCGGGGAGGAGGAGGACGGGGACGUUGUCAUGCUGGAGCAGGAGGAGGAGGGACUGCAGGCGGAGCAGCAGGCGGCGGUGAGGCGGCGGCAGGAGGAACGACAGCAGCAGCAGCAGCAGGUGGUGGAGGAACAGCAGCAGCAGCAGGUAGAGGAGGGGCAGCGGACGCCGUUUAGCAUUGAGCGGCAAGUCUUUUCAACUCGAGCUCGCACUGGGACCGUAACUCCAAUUGCUACUGGUGCUACUGGUGGUGCUACCGGUGGUGCUGCUCCCUUUGCUACUACUACGCCUGUGACGUCUCCAGCUGUCGCAGCGGCUGCUGCUGCUGCUACUGCCCCUGUCACUACCUCGCCAGUUGUGGCUGCUUCUGGGGGCGGCCAUCUCGGAGUCGGUGGCACGGCUGCUGGUGGUGCAAGAGCAGCAGCAGGACCCGCGUCUCCUCCUUCUUCUAAUCGACAGCAGCAGCGGACGACCAUGCAAGCGGCAGCUGUUCUCGUCACUGAGACGCCCGGCCGGACAACGCCGCCGCCGCCGCGGUCGUCAGCAAAGGGCCCCGCAACCCGCCCUAAUGCUGCCUCCCCACGGCAGCAGCAGCAGGAGCCUCCUCCUCCUCGCCCCCAGCCCCAACAUCAGCAACACCAGCAGCAGACGCAGCAGCAGGCGCAAUCGCCGCAACCUCCGCAGUCCCAGUCCCAGCGAGCGCCCUUUAGUACAGAGCGGGAGGUGUUCUCCACGACCCGCUUCCCGAGGUCCCAGGUAGCAGUGAAUGCACCGGCCGCCACGGUUAACACCCCUGUCACCACUGCCAGAGAAGCGGGAGCUGCUGCGAACGCCGCUGUUGCGGUGACGACGGCAGGAGCGGCGAUGACGUCCGCAGCGGCGGCAGCGGCAGUGGCGAGGACAGCGGCCACGGCUGCUGCUGCUGCUGCUGCUGCGGCGGCGGCGACGGCGGAGGGAGCAGUGAGAGCUCCCUUCAGUCGGGAGACUGAGGUGGUGGUGCUGGGACGGAGGUCCCCGGCAACGCCCCUUACCGGCGUUUCCAGCAACAACAUCAACGACAGCCACAACGGCAGCGGGGUGGCUCGGAGGCCGGUGUUCACCGGGGCUCCGGCUGCUGCUUCUCCUUGUGCUGCUGCUGGCGCCGACCCUGGCACCGGUUCCGCCUCGGCUGCUGCUGUUGCUGCUGCCGCGGCUGGUACCAGUGCCGUGCUCUCCCCCUCCCCCGCCCGCAUGCGCUCCCCGGGGACCCCAGCCAAGGAGCUUGAGGCCAUGAAGGUUUCUGAGCUGAAGCAAUGGUUGAUCAGCCGGGGUAUGGGCCCGCAGCUGCUACAGCUGCGUAGCUCGCCCGCCAAGAGGGAGCUGCUGCGGCUAGCAAGGGAGGCGGAGUGAGGGGGAAGGGAACGAGGAAGAGAAGGAGGGAGGGAAGGAGGGAGGCGGUGGAUUGAUCCCAUGGAUGGGAGGUGUGGUUGUGGGCAGGCGUGCAUGCAUGCAUGGCUGUGCAGGGCUGUAGCGUGUGCUUGUAGCAUUCUUGGUUCACCUGUCAAGCAAGCUGUGCAGGGACGGACAGAUAACUUGCUUGGACUGAGUUUGUACCGCGGGGUUCGGGGUUGAGAGCGGGGGCACGUGCGAGGGUGCCGUGCCGGGCCGCCUGGUGUUAGGGGAAGACCGUUACCUAUUGUACUUUGUACCGCCUUUCGGGCUUACUUGAUGUGUAGCUGUCUUGGAGGGGGCGAGGGCUGCCUUUCGACUGUGCUCGCUUGUGCGAUAACCGUUUACAGAGUGGGUUGUAGGAUGUGCCGUACAGCAAUGUACGGCAAGACACCUUGUGGACCAUCCUGUUGGAAUUAUGCUUAAUUCAACAGCUUGUAGGUUAUCCCUGUCAUUAAUACCGCUACGGUUACCGUCUGCUAUACGCUGUUGGACACCAGAGGCUGAGACCGAGAGGCUGGCAGACGUGAUUCCCGUGUGGCAUGCUGUACGAGGCGCUCGGGGUGUGGGUCAUUGGAGGCAUCGGUUUGUGGGGGCGCGUGGUUCUUGUGGGGCUUGUGCUUAGCGUGGGUUUAAACUCUCACGGUCUUUAAAAGCAGCGAUGUAAUCUUGCGCUGGAAAGGUGCACGCAUUUGGUGUCGACGUUGGCGUUCCCGAAGUAGCCCUAGGGCUAGGAUUAGGAGGGUUAGGAUUUCACUUGGACGGCUAGAAGUCACACGGGGUAUCAGGA